UAUGCGGAUUCCGAUUUCUUGCUGAAACAACGCGUCAGCAUGGAGUCAUCAGAGUCAAAUGGACUCGUUAAAAGCUUCUCCUCCAGGCAAAUGGAAAUCUCACAUACCAAAUCCCAAUCAAAAUUUCUAUGGAUAAACUCAUUGAUAUACUCGCUGCUUUCGACGCUGGCAAAUUGCCAUCUCACCAUCAAGUGGACAACUUCCUCGAGUGGCUCAAGAAAGAUAUAAUCUCGGAUGGCGCCUUCAGUACACAAGGUCAUAUCGUCGCACAGCGUCUUCGCGAUGUUGCCACCGCUUAUCAACUUUUGGGUGAACAUAAGAACAAGGAUAACCUGUUGCAGGAAGCCAUUUGGCAUCUGUCCCAAGGCGAUCUUUCCGACACAUCUGUUGAUGUCAAUAUCAAACCAAACACCGAUGAGGCAUUGAAAGACGCACAGGACGCGCGUGAAUCUAUCCGCACAAUCCUUUCUAUCAUCUGGUCGGGUUUGUCGUCCGAGGGUUCCUCUCUCUUCGAAGACUUUACUUCCUUUGCUCGGCUCUCGCUCGCUGACGCCGCUGAAGUCGUUGAAAAUCAAGCAUCUCGUGCAAAGGACAGCUUGAGAGAGGUUGAUGAAGAAGUUCAGUCAGGCAAGAGAGAUACGCUCGGCCGCGACAAAGAGCGGCUCAAGCAGGAAGAGGAUCUACAGGUUGCGUUUGAACAUGGCAUGGAUACGGUUAAGGGCGCUGGCAGUUCCGUCAUCGGUGCCGGGCAAAAGUCUGUCGCUAAAGCUUCAGAGUUGUCUGACCGUACUUCGGCCAAGUUACACAAUGCUUUCUACAAAAUGUGUGAACGUGCCCAGAACGACGAAGAGUAUCAUCGAUCGCUUGAUACACUUUUUAGUACUGUGCAAAAGUGGAUCAGCAGAGGAUUUAAUUCGGCUACCAACGCUGCAUCUUCUCUUGACUCGCUAGUUGACGAUAACACCACCGAUAAACAUAUCACCAAGGCAUUGCAGGCGAUUGAAACGCUUUUGUCACGUCUUGCGCAUACCGACUCGCUUUCUAAACUGGUCUCUACCAUUCGCAAGUGCGCGGUCGAUAUCCGGGACGAUCAAGAUCUGCGUUCGUGGUUUGAUGACUUCUUCACUCAUCUGCAUCGCGAUUUGGACGAAUCAGGAUACAUUCGCUCCGACGAGAAUAAACGUGUUCGUAAAGAUCUUCGUAUCAGGUGGAAAGACAUGCUCGACCAAGACUCCGAGUUUGGACGGACCUGGAAGAAUGAUGUGGAAGCAAUGAAAGGCCAGAUCCAGAAGAUUCAGAACGGGCUUAAGAGUGAUGAGGAUCUGAACAGGUUGAGGGAUGCUCACCUGAAACUUGGAGAAGCCAUCGAAACUGGUCUAAUCGAGGUCGGAGACCAGGCGCAGACUGGCAUGCAAGCUGUCGUGGAACAGCUGACUUGGUUUUGGCAAGAUUUGUUCAGAGUCUAUCUUCCCCGAGCAUUGAGUAUGAUGAAAGAUGUUCCGAUUCCCAGAACGGAAUACAAAGAUGCCGAGUCCGAGCUCGUUCUCGAAAACUUGGACGUGUCGUCCUUCAACCUCCUGCCAUCUCAUAUGUACAUUCGUAAUAUCACCGAUAUCGACAUAGUGGCACCGGCGUCUGCACCAGAUGCUCCAGUCCAGCCCGAGUCCAAAACGCAGUUGGGAACCCUUACUCAGAUUCGCAUUCAGGCUAUCCAAUUAGCAGUAUCCGACAUCUCGUUCUAUUAUAAAGAUAAAACUGCCACUAUCGGCCCUGCGGAGUAUACAGGACGUUUGUCACUUACGCUCCCUCCCAAAGGGAUUGAUGUCGAUGUGAAAAUGCGCCUUAUUCCUGCCUCUGCCACUACGACUCUUGCUCCAGUCAGUAGCUCCGCGUCCCGGAAUGCGAAGGUUACGCCAGGAUCAUCGCUGACGAACCAUCCUGUGCCCGCACCUCUUGCUACCGCCACCAAAACCGUUUCUCAAAGGUCGUUACACCGUGCCUUCCAUGUUAUCGAGCAUCUCGAUGUACGCAUCACCGACGAAUUCGAACUGGAUAUCAAAGACUCCAACCAUGGUGUUAUGAUUGCCAUGUUCAAGCCCAUCAUGGCACUUAGAUUGAAAUCUGCGUUGGAAGGUUUUGUGGCAGAACACCUCCGUCAGAUAUUCGAGGGAUUGGACGGCUUGGCUUACGACAUUUCUGAGCGGGCUGAAGUUUUCAAAGACACCGGACUUGGAAGUGGUGCAUCGAUUGGAGCUGCUGUCUGGUCGGAGGUUGGAAGGAUGAAAAGGUUGGGUUUGGAUUCUCGUCGCAGAGGCCAAUAUACCGACUGGCAAGCCACUGGUACCGGCGUGGUAGCGGCGGAGAGACAAGUUGACCUUGAAACUGGUGAAGAUAAGGAAAGGGAGCGAAAGUUCGCCAUGGGUGCGGAGCCUCAAAUUCUCAGUGGAGAGAAGAAAGGACCUGAUGGUACCGCGUCCGAAAGUUUGUCGAAAAGGUUGAGGAGUGCAACCGGCCAAGCUUUAGAUGACACUGGGGUUAAUGUUGAUGCAGAGGCAAUGCCAAAUGUCACGGACACGAAACAGAUUGCUGAGCAGGCAAAAGAGAUAUUCGAGGAGGGGAAGGAUCAAGUGAAGAGUUUCAAGGAUACAGUGAAGCAUAAGUCUGAUGUCGAGAAGCACAGGGAGGGUUGGCAAAGUUCGUCCUUCGAUAUUAAGGUGUAAACUUCCGGUCGUUUGACAUAAAUGCAUGUUGUACACGGAAUUGUCACGUAGCUAUAGCCUAUAGUGUAGUAUUGAUUAUUGUUGUAUAAUAUAGUGUGCAAAUGUUCAAUCCCC